UCAUGUGGCCACUUAAUGCAUGACCCAGUUCCGGAUCCUGUGCUGGGAGCUGCCUUCAGUUGUCUUCUUGGAUUUACUUUUGGCAACGUGGUUGGAAUGUAUCUGGCCCAGAACUAUGACAUACCAAAUCUGGCUAAAAAACUUGAAGAAAUUAAAAAGGACUUGGACGCCAAGAAGAAACCCCCUAGUUCAUGAGGUGGGCUCCAGCGCAGUCUUCUGGAUAUGCCGAGUCUGCUGUUCUUCAGGGCCUCCUUAUCGUCCGAACCAAAAGCUUUCGUGUUAAAUUUCAGCCUCAGCAGUUUUCCUCUCUUCUAGGUCCUGUGUUGUCUUACUUAGAGCAGCAGAUGGGCUGCGAACCCAGAGUGACCCUUUUCCAGCCUUCCCCCUCUCCUCCCUCCUUCCAGCAGCUUGGGGUGGCCUGAGACUGGAAGUUCGGUGCUAGAUGAGUAAACGUGACCUUUCACUAGCAGUCUCUCCUUUAUUCGUUGGUAUUUCUACUGUUUUCUAAGGAAAAAUUGAUGAGUUUUGUAUAGCUGAUCAGAUAUAAAGCUGAUUUCAUAGUCUAGCAAUUAUAAUGGGUGUUUAAAUAUUUGGUACUAAAUUACAUUGUUUCAGAGUAACUAAAAUUAAAGUCCAGAAGCCACUUAAUCCCAAAUUUUCCACUUGCUUUAUACCGUUAGCAGGCAGCGCCGUAGCUGCUAAUUUAAUCAUUAACCGAUUUGCUACAUUAACUAAGAAACUAUAUCCUGAGAAUCCUGUCGGAAACUAAAUCUGUAAAACACUGGCCUUUAUCCUCUGUGAACUUCGGUUGAGUAUGCAUGUUUUUCCAUGAUGAUGUCCUUGAUUUGGCACUUUUUCCUCAAAAGAAUCCUCCUUAUUUUAAGGGAUACAGGUGCAUUUGAUGUUACAUGAUGAAUAAAGACAGGUUGUCUGUAAAGGAAGUUUUAUGCCUUUUCACAUCAAAAAAUGUAUUUACAUUAUAACUUUAUAGUGAUUCUCAUAAGAAAACUUUGAAGGUUUUUGUUGUUGUUGUUGUUGUUUGUUUUCAGUUUUCUCCCUGCCAUCAAAAAUCACCAUUGUAUGUUGACCCGUAGGUGGAGACAUCUCUACUCCUCAUUCAGCAGGGAGAAGAUGAGACCUCCACCCAAAUGCCAAAGAUUUUCAUUGUCAAUGGGGAGGGGGCGCGGAGAGGCUGCUUUUAGGCAACAGGCAGUGGCACCUGAGCAAGGCCAAAGGGCCCACAGGGACCACGCAGACAGGCUCAUUCAGCCAUAGGCCCUGCUGACCGAAGGGCUAUGGACAGCAAGGCCCAGUUCUUAGGACCCCACGGAAGGGGGGUUUCAGCAGCCCUCAUACUCCCUUACUCUGCCUUCUGCCCACGGCCCCUCGCUUUGUGGCAGACAGUCUGUCCUUUGCCAUCCUGCCUGCCGCUCCCUUGCUCUUUAAAAAAGAAAAGAAAGAGAUCACCACGUAAUUUGUCAAAUGUAUAAUUAGUCCAUUUUUUUUAGUUAAGAAAAUGUUUGGGAAAGUUGUUCACUUUUCCCACGGGUCAAGAUACAAAUGUGAUUCAGGAUAAAGGGCUUCUCCCACUCCUGGCCUUCAUCUCCUGGUUCCUCUUCCUGGAGGCGGGUGCUGUCAGCAGUUUGCUGUGUACUUUGAGAAAGAGUCUGUGCCUAAACAAAUACAUGUUGGGGGGAGGGAGCUUUUCACGAAUGAUACACUGUAUUGAGUUCAUCCCUGGCCUGAAAUGGAGAUCACUCUGUAUCAGUAUGUAAGAAACAGGAACCUGUUUGCCUUUUUUGACUCCAUGGGAUUCUAUUGAAUGGAUGUACCAUAACUUAAUCUGUUACUGAGGAACAUUAGGAUUCCUGUCUUUGGCUGUUACAGUGAUGACCUUGAACCUAAAGUUAUUAUACAUAUCUGCACUUGGUAUAGCUAUAACUAAAUCCUAAAAGAGUAAUUUACACUCA